GCGGGACCGAUGGCGGCGCGGGGCUGGCGGUGGGCGGCGGGCGCGGCGGCGCGGCCCGGCCGGGGCGGCCCGGGACGGGCUCCGGGAUCGGAACCGGCCCCGGGAUCGGAACCGGCCCCGGGGUCGCUACCGGCCCCGGGAUCGGAACCGGCCCCGGGAUCGCUGCCGGCCCCGGGAUCGGUACCGGCCGCCCCCGCCACAGCCGCGCUUUACGUGCACUGGCCCUACUGCCGUAAGCGCUGCUCCUACUGCAGCUUCAACAAGUACGUGGUGCCGGCGGUGGACGAGGCGGCUGUGAGCGCCUGCCUGGUGCGAGAGGCUCGCACCCUGCUCCGCCUCAGCCAAGUGCAGAGUGUCACCUCUGUCUUCUUCGGCGGGGGCACCCCCAGCCUGGCCAGCCCCCGCACCGUGGCGGCGGUGCUGGAGGCGGUGGCGGGGGCCGCCCACCUCCCCGCGGCUGCCGAGGUGACGCUGGAGGCCAACCCCAGCUCCACCAGCACAUCACACCUGGCUGGCUUCAGGGCGGCCGGCGUCAACCGCCUCUCCAUUGGCGUCCAGUCGCUGGACGAUGCUGAGCUGCAGCUGCUGGGCCGGGAGCACAGCGCGGCGGAGGCACGGGGGGCUGUGGAGGCAGCACGGCAGAUCUUCCCUGGCAGGACUUCCAUCGACCUCCUCUUUGGGCUGCCAGGACAGAGUCUGGAUACCUGGGCCCGGGGGCUGGAGGCAGUGCUGGGGUUCUGUGACGACCACCUCUCCCUGUACCAGCUGACGCUGGAGCGGGGCACGGCCCUGGCAGCUCAGGUCUCAGGGGGGGCCCUGCCUGCACCCCCCCAGGACCUGCUGGCUGACAUGUACCAGACUGCCCGUGCCAUGCUGGUGGCCGCUGGCUUCCGGCACUACGAGGUCUCCAAUUUUGCAAGAAAGGACUCCCUCAGCACCCACAACCUCUCGUAUUGGCGGGGUGAGCAAUACAUUGGCGUGGGGCCAGGGGCACACGGGCGGUUUGUGCCACAGGGCGAGGGCGGACGCAGCCGGGAGGCUCGGGUCCAGACGCUGGAGCCAGAUGCCUGGAUGCAGGAGGUGCAGAGCAGAGGCCACGGCACCAGGAGGCGGGUGGUGCUGAGCCUGCUGGAGCAGCUGGAGGAGCUGCUCGCCCUGGGGCUGCGCACGGACGAGGGUGUCACACCUGAGCGCUGGGGGCACGUGUCACCCCAGCUCAGCCUGGAGGCUGUGUUUGGGAUGCUGGGGGAGGCAAAGGAGCUGCAGGAGCAGGGCUGGCUGGUCCUGGACAGCAGGGGUCUGCGGUGCUCCUGGGAGGGUCUGGCCCUGCUGGACUCGCUGCUGCCCGGGCUGCUCUGCCAGCUGCAGCAGCACUGGGCUCUGCUGGCACCCCGAGCUGCACCAGCCCACGGGGCCCUGAGGAGCCCGGCGGGGGACAGGGAUGGUGGUGAGACCACAGAGCACAGUGGGCACCCAGGGGCUGUCAGCAGUGGGAAAUAAAUGAACUGUGCCCAGGUUGAAGGGCUGACUGGGAUGGGGGGGCUGCCCCAGCCCCCCCUGCUUGUGCAUGACUCUAGGGGCCUGGGGAGCAGAAACAUGCAUCCCUUCCUGUAUUUCUGUUGGCAAAGAAACUAAUCUGACUGGAAAAA